AUGCCACAGCUGGGACAGGGGACUCAGCCAGACCCACCCAGGUCUGGAGGUGCAGGUGGGUGCGGUCUGGGACUGGAAAGAGGUCUGAGCGGGCAGCAGGACCCUGAACGCUGUCCCCAGGUGGCCCAGAAGAAGGGGGUCAGCAGCCUCUCUUCCCUCGACCCGGAGGUCCUGUCCGUCUUUGUGCCUCCUUUCAUCAGUAAGGAGGACGCUCAGGUGGCCGGCGCCAACUGUGGGACCCUCAGCAAGACCAGAAGGCGCUCUUUCAGAAAGAAGAGGGAGAAGCCCAAGACAGAGCCCGGGAAGGGGCCUCCUGAAGACGUCAGCAUCCCUAACGGCGUGGACCUGCUCGCCCUGCCCCAGCUCUGCUUCCCAGGCGGCGUGUGUGUGGCCUCCGAACCGAAGGAGGACUCCGUGCACUUUCUGGUGCUGACCGACGUCUGUGGGGACAGGACGUACGGCGUGGUUGCCCAGUACUACCGGCCCCUGCGCGACGAGUCCUGUUUCUACAAUGGCAAGAUGAACUGGGAGCCGGUCAGGCCGAGCGCGGGUGCGGCCGGCUGCUUCGUGCCCUUUGCGGUGUGCGUGGUCUCCAGGUUCCCCUAUUACACCGCCCUCAAGGACUGCCUGUCCUGUUUAUUGACGCAUCUGAAGUGCUGUAAAGAUUUUGAAGUUGACAAUCAUAUAAAAGAUUUUGCUGCAAAGCUGUCCUUAAUACCUAGCCCGCCACCUGGACCACUUCAUUUGGUGUUCCACAUGAAGCCGCUGCAGAUCGUGCUCCCGGCCCGCGCGGACCCCGAGAGCCCCCUCAUCGACCUGGACCUGCACCUGCCGCUGCUGUGCUUCCGGCCGGAGAAGGUGCUGCAGAUCCUGGCAUGCCUGCUGACGGAGCGGCGGGUGGUGCUCUUCUCGUCCAGCUGGGCCCUGCUGCCCCUGGUCGCCGAGUGCCUCCUGGCCUACCUGCACCCCCUGCAGUGGCAGCACACACUGGCACCCGUCCUGUCGGGCCAGAUGCUGGACUUCCUCAUGGCGCCCACGGCCUUCCUCAUGGGCUGCCACCUGGACCACUUCCAAGAAGUCAGCAAGGAAGCAGAUGGUUUAGUUCUGAUCAAUAUCGACAAUGGGACCGUCACCUCCUCUAAUGACGAGGACAUCGAUGUUCCCGACAUCCCUCUCCUGGCGGCACAGACCUUUAUUCAGAGGGUCCAGAGCCUGCAGCUGCACCACGAGCUGGACCUGGCGCACCUGGGCGCCAGCACAGACCUGAACGAGGGCCGGGCGCGCCGGCGGGCCUGGCAGCAGACGCUCAACCACCAGCUGCAGCAGGCGGGCCUGCAGCUGCUCGUCGGCAUCUUCAGGGAGGUGAAGAAUUACUUAAAUUACGAGCACAGAGUGUUUAACAGCGAGGAGUUUCUCAAGACCAGAGCUCCGGGGGACCAGCGGUUUUACAAGCAGGUUCUGGAUACCUACAUGUUUCACUCUUUCCUUAAAGCCCGGCUCAGCAGAAGGAUGGACGCCUUCGCCCAGAUGGACCUCGACAUGCAGUCUGACGAGGACAGGUGUGGUCACCGGUGUAGGGGCGGGACUCCGGGGGCCCGGACGCCCCAGCAGCGAGCCGUUAUCUGGGUUCCCACCGGCGGCAGCAUCACACACGUGAGCGGCUUCCCGGGAUGGGUGGGACCCUGCCGGGGCCGCCGGUCUCCAGUCACACUGCCCUGCCCCCGAAGAGCAGGGACAGGCCCGCCCGCCCUCCUGGUCCCGCAGGUGCCUGAUCGGAAGAGUCCUCCCCCCUCGGGGUCCCAGCACCUCAGCGCCUCGAACAAUCGGUUGAUGGUGUUGGCGUCCUUCACGAUGCCCGACUCCUGGACCCUCUUCACGAAGUCAUCCAGCUGCAUGUGCUUCUUAGGCAGCUCGAAGUUCUUCACGCGGUCGUCGGGCUUGGGGGCGUCCCCGGGCUUGUCCACGACCUCGCUGAUGAGCCGGCGCAGCUCGGGCACCUGCUCGGCCUGGGCGCGCUCCGGGCCCGACAUGGACUCCAGCGUCCUCCGCACCAGGUCGGCGGGGAAGAUCCUGAGUACCAGGCUCAGCCCAGCACUCAAGUCUCAGCAAAUAAAAGUGUCCCGUGUUCUUGGGGUGCCCUGGAAGCAGAGUGGGAGUCCCUUGUUCAACUUGGGGGUAGGCAGAGCUUUCGGGAAGAGGCACAUGGGUUCCUGCUUUACAUGGCACCUGAGGUGCAGGACAGGAGGACAGGGACACAUCUGUUGCGGGGUCUGCAGGUCAGCUGCCCACUUUCUCUUCGCUCUAGUGCGGAGCGAGGCCCCCCAGGCAACAUACUCCUUCAAGAUCCCGGAGAUCCACUUCCCGCUGGUGAGCCAGUGCGUCCAGGCCUACCUCUCGGACUGCGUGGCCCUGCUGAGCAAGGCCAUGGGGCUCCUGGCGCCCGACAGCUCCGUGCUGCUGGCCCGCUUCUUCUACCUGCGGGGGGCCGUGCACCUGAUGCAGGGCCAGCUGCUGGAUGCCCUCCUGGACUUCCAGAGCCUGUACAAGACGGACCUCAGGAUCUUCCCCGCCGACCUGGUGCGGAGGACGCUGGAGUCCAUGUCGGGCCCGGAGCGCGCCCAGGCCGAGCAGGUGCCCGAGCUGCGCCGGCUCAUCAGUGAGGUCAUGGACAAGCCCGGGGACGCCCCCAAGCCCGACGACCGCGUGAAGAACUUCGAGCUGCCUAAGAAGCACAUGCAGCUGGAUGACUUCGUGAAGAGGGUCCAGGAGUCGGGCAUCGUGAAGGACGCCAACACCAUCAACCGAUUGUUCGAGGCGCUGACUGUAGGACACCAGAAACAGAUUGACCCGGAAACAUUCAGAGAUUUCUACAACUGCUGGAAGGAGGCCGAGGCAGAGGCCCAGGAGGUCAGUCUGCCUGCGUCGGUGACGGAGCACCUGGAUAAGAGCGAGUGUGUCUACAAGCUGUCGAGGUCCGUCAAGACCAACCGCGGCGUGGGCAAGAUCGCCAUGACCCAGAAGCGCCUGUUCCUCCUGACCGAGGGGCGGCCGGGCUACGUGGAGAUCUCCACCUUCAGGGACAUAGAGGAGGUCCGGAAUACCACGGUAGCCUUUCUGCUUCUGCGAAUCCCCACUUUGAAGAUUAAAACGGCGUCCAGGAAGGACGUCUUUGAAGCCAAUCUGAAGACAGAGUGUGACGUGUGGCACCUGAUGGUGAAGGAGAUGUGGGCCGGGAAGCAGCUGGCCGACGGCCACAAGGACCCGCAGUACGUCCAGCAGGCGCUGACCCACGUCCGGCUGAUGGGCGCCGUCGUCGGCACGCUGCAGUCGCCGGGCGCCGUGUACGCUGCCUCCAAGCUGGCGUACUUCGACAGGAUGAGGAGCGAAAGUAAGACGGGCGCGUCGGCAGAGUCCUGCUGUCUGAACGGGUCUGGGUCGUCUUUCCUGGGGGACGCCAGCACCGGUCCCUUCGGAGCGGUUCCCUUUAAAAACACUUUUGGGUUCUGUUUUUCAGGGCACCUAGACCCGGCGGAAAAGGUGGAGGACUCCCACCCCAAGCUCUGGUGCGCUCUGCAAGAGGGCAAGGUGAUCGUGUUUGACGCCUCCUCCUGGACGGUUCACCAGCACUGCUUCAGAGUGGGCGGGGCGAGGCUGAGCUGCAUGGCGAUGGCGGAGCGGAGCCAGGUGUGGGUCGGCUCGGAGGACUCUGUCAUCUACAUCAUCAACGUCCACAGCAUGUCCUGCGACAAGCAGCUCACGGACCACCGCGCCAGCGUCACGGGCUUGGCCGUGCAGAGCGGGGCGCCCAGCAAGGUGUAUUCGUGCAGCGCCGACGGGACGGUCCUGGCGUGGAACGUGAGCACCCUGCGCGUGACCGGAAGGUUCCAGCUGCCGGGCGGCGGGCUUUCGUCCAUCCUCCUGCACGAUGACUGUCUGUGGUGCUGCACAGGGACCAGCAUCGUGGCCGUGACGACCGGUGGGCGUCUCGUUCAGGAGCUGAGGGCCGAGGGGACCUUCCAGGACACGAGCACCUGCUUCCUGAGCUUCCAGCUGCUCCCCGAGCAGGAGCAGCUCUGGGUGGCGUGUGCUGGCUGUGACGGCGUCUACAUUUGGAGCCUGCGGGACCUGGCCCAGCCCCCGCAGCGGGUCCGCCUGCAGGACUGCUCCGAGGUCAGCUGCAUGAUCAGGGUCAAGCAGCAGAUCUGGGUAGGCGGCACAAGUCUGUCACAGGGCAAGUCCCAAGGGAAAAUCUAUGUGAUCGACGCCAAGAGGAAGACGGUGGAGAAGGAGCUGGUGGCCCACGCGGACGCGGUGAGGACGCUGUGCUCAGCGGAGGACAGAUACGUGCUGAGUGGGUCAGGCAGCGGGGAGGGCAAGAUUGCCAUCUGGAAGGUGGAGUGAGCGGAGGACAGAGAUGUGCCGGUGGGGUUGUGCCGGAGGCCGCGUGGCAUCCCCAGCACGCGCCUGCCAGGCCCCUUGGCCUCGGAACACACGGCGCCCUUUCUCGGACUUUCCUGAUGGAACGGUGCCAACCGUGUUUCAGGUCGGGGCGCUUUGCAGGCAGACUGAUGCAUCCGUUUGCUAAUAACCUCUGUGAACCAGUGUGUUGUCUGGAAGGUUCCAGAGCCCCACCCGGGAGCCAGCACGGAGCUGGUUGGAAGGGACUUAGCCAGAUCACAUAGGACCUGGUCCUGCCUGCUCCACUUCCUUCAGUCCACGCAGCACUGCGAACCUCAGGCUCACGGGAAGACCUGCCCGCGGCCCUAGGUUGGCUUUCUGUCGCCCGAGAAGUUCACGGGAGGAGGGGUUUGUAAAUGACCACGUAGUGGUUGAGCGGAUUUGUGCCUUCGCGGCCCCUGCUCUGAGCGGGGGGCCGGGCUCGCUGGGGGCAGCCCUGACUUUGUCUUGCCCUUUUACCUAAAAGGCAAAAUUCUUCUAACGAAGAAGCCUAGAGAAGCUUUCCCACCAGAGCUCACAGGCGGUUCCGCCCGGACGCGCACAUGCGCUGGCCGCCACGAGGGGGCGCCGCUGUGCAUCCUGGUGCUUCAUUCCCGAACCGAAGAUGCUCUUAUUAGCUUACUGUAAGGAACUAAACAUUUGCAAAAAGA